ACGGUGGCCAGAACAAGUCGGAACCGCGUCCAUUGCAGUGACUGCGUGCUCUGUCGUUCUCUUCUCGGGGCUUCGUCGCCUGGUUUGCGAUCGAGCUUUCGUUUUUCCAUGAAUCUUAGUGGCGACAAAACUAAAAUCGAAUCGUUCAGGAACAAGACCUGAGGCAUUUCCAGCAAUCCAAGGAAGAUGAAGUGAUGGCAGAUGUUACGAGGAGGUGGAUAGCGCCUGUUCUUGUCACACUUUUGACAUGUGUACUGUUUCCUGUCUGUGGUCUGGACGAGUCGGAUCACGAGGAAUACAGAGGGAAAUACCUUGGGAAGUUGAACGCGUAUCAUCAUCAAGUAGCUGGUGACGUUUACGUCGUUGACGAGUACACGUUGUUGCUAACUUCCUUUAGCUACGAUGGCAAUGGAGCCGACACCUUUUUCUGGGCAGGUGCGUCGAAUCGACCUGGUCCACAAGGCUUCAUCGUACCGGAUGAAUGGGGCAAAACGAAUGUCCUCGAUCGGUACUUGAAUAAGGAUUUCACUCUUACUUUACCGGAUAAUAAAAGAAUAACGGAUAUAAAAUGGUUCGCUGUGUACGAUUUGAGCAGCCAGAAUACGUUUGGCGACGUGUACAUUCCCGACGAAUUCGAUCCACCAGUACCGCAAAAGAUUUCUCAAUUAACAAAACGAUCACACGGAGUAUCUUCAGGGUCCAUCGUAAUUCUGGAUUCGAAAACCAUAAAAAUACCAGAAUUUACAUACGAUGGGCAGGGAACAGACACGUAUUUUUGGGUUGGACUUGGUCCACAGCCUAACAGCAAAGGGACGAAAGUACCCGACGAGUAUGGCUACCUGGAAUCAAUUCGCGCCUACAAGGAAGAAGAUAUAACGAUUCAAUUACCUGGAGACAUGACUGUUUUCAAUAUCGACUGGUUAAGUAUCUUCGACGUGAAAACUAAAACCAGCUACGGCUCUGUCAUAGUUCCGGAUGGAUUAAACGUACCUCCUUCGUUAGUAAAAGUGAUCAAGCACACGCAGACUCUACCAAAUUGCAUUCAACUCCACAAACGAUUUCAAAUCGGUUGGGAAAUUUUUGGACCACAGAUCACUAUUCAAUUAGCAGGACAAGUUAGUGAAGAUGAAUACAUGGCGUUCGGUCUCUCUGGUUCCGAAACUUCUAGCCAAAUGGAAGGCGCGGAUGCUGUGAUCGCUUAUGUGGACGGUACUCGAGGCUACGCUGUGGAUUAUAACAUCACUGCGAAAGCACCAUGUGGAAAAGUUCUCGGCCAAUACAGGGGAGUUUGCAGGGAUGAAUUAUUCGGGGGUUUAGAUAAUAACCAGAUGUAUACUGCUGUUAGAGAAGAUGGAAUUAGUAUCGUUACAUAUAGACGUACUCUCAACUCGUCUGAUCCAGGAGAUAAAGAGUAUCCGACGAAUAGACCAGUUUACGUGAUAUGGGCUUUGGGAAGAUUGGAUGAAAAUAAAGAGCCGACUUUCCACGAUGUAUAUCCUAAGAGCGAUCUGAAGUUAGAACUAGUUCCUGAAGAACCAGAGAACACGUGCAUGGAUUUUACGGAAACAAAUGAGAAACUAAUAGAACCUUGGGAGAAGACAGAGAUAUUUGAUAGAAGUAUUCGGUCGUUUAGAGCUACUAUCGGCCCGUCUGGGGGCAAAAAGGGCUAUCAAGGAAUUACAGGACAAACGUCUACAGGUUUGGCAUGGUACAUCGAGGGUCAGUUGGUACCCAAACUAUAUCUGCGUCGGGGAUUGACGUACAAUUUCCGUGUUCACGGCGGAAAUAAUCCUCACAGUCCGAAUUUGUACCACCCAUUGAUUAUAACUAAUGAACCACACGGUGGAUAUGAUAAACUCAGUGAUGCGGCGCAAAGUAAAAUCAGAGUUUUGGCGGGUGUUGAGUUCACCAGAAGAGGACAACCGAGACCAACCGCAGUUGGGCCACUUUGCUUAAGCAAACACGGUGCCCGAGACAGAAGACUAGAUGAUGAUUUUAUGACGUUUAAACAAUUUAAUAGAACAUUAGUGAGUACGUGUGAAUCAGGUGAAGGUGGAGUGCUAGAAAUUACACCGAACUCUACCUGGCCAGAUAUCGUUUAUUACAAUUCAUUUACCCAUGCAAAUAUGGGCUGGAAGAUAUACAUACUGGAUGCUUAUUCGAAAAGCAUCGCUGUUACUCAACGAUUAUCGUUACUUGCAGGAAUAACGGCUGUGUUUUUUCGUUUGUUAUAAAUAUAGAUAUAGGUUACUAAGAUUAGUCGUACCUUUUUAUUAUACAAGCGUAAAUUGACUGAUUUUAGUAAAUAGAUCUAGAACGAAGAAUUUCAUCUUCCAUCACACGUGCAGGCGGAAUGUUUCGUUCCUAAGCUAGAAAUGAAUCAAAAUCGCAGAGAGAUCAGUGCAUUCGAAUGUGCGAAUUUACUGUAAUUUUUUUUAUUAAUAAAUACCAUCUUAGUCAUACGAUGAA